GUGUGUGAGGGUGUUAAGGCAAGAGUCAUGGCAUCGGGGGGAGAAACCUGCACUCUGUCUGAGGAUGAAAGGGGCAUCCCACUGGACAUCGAUGAUGUACACAUGCUUUUGCAAGUGGAACAGGAACAGAUUCAGAAGAGAACUUUCACAAACUGGAUCAAUGCACAGCUCUCCAAGAGGAGCCCUCCGACCUCAGUCCAGGAUCUGUUCUCGGACCUUCGAGACGGAACUCGAUUGUUGGACCUACUCGAGGUGAUGAGUGAUCAGCGCAUGAAACGUGAGAGGGGUCAUGGUGUGUUUCAGCAGAGAGGAAACAUUGAGACUGCUUUGAACUUCUUAAAAAAUAAAUCAAUAAAACUGGUCAACAUAAACAUCUCAGACAUCAUAGAGGGCAAGCCUUCUAUCAUUCUAGGCCUAAUAUGGACUAUUAUCCUGCACUGCCAUGUAAAGGAGCUAGCCAGCUUGCUCUCCUAUGGCUCCCGCUCGUCAUCUCUGGACUCUCUGUCCAGUCUGGAUUCUGCCCCUGGGUCUCCUGUCAGCAGUCCUGUUCUUCGAAGAGCAUCACCACUCCAUGCACGCUUCCGUCUCUCUGCUAAGAAGACUCUGCUCCUGUGGGUUCGGGACCAGUGCCAGAAAGUUGGUUGCACAGCCAGUGUGAGGGACUUUAAAUCCAGCUGGAGGAGUGGUGAUGUGUUCCUUGCCAUCCUAUUUUCUCUUAGACCAGAUCUGGUGGACCUCUCUCAAGCUCAGACCAGGAGCCACCUGGAAAAGCUGGAGCAAGCAUUUCACCUCGCUGAGACUGAGCUGGGAAUUCCCAGACUGCUUGAGCCAGAGGACAUUGACGUCAAGAACCCUGAUGAGAAGUCCAUUAUGACAUACAUUGCACAGUUCCUGCAGUACUCCAAUGAUCUGCCCUCAGCUGAUGAUGAUUUUGAGGCUUCACCCAAUCAGAAAGCAAGAGAGAUGGCGUGCUGGCUACAGCGAGCCUAUCUGGAGUUAGGGGAGGCGUGGACCUCCACAGAGGGGAAGGGAUAUGCAGAAAGAUAUCAGGCAUUCCAGAACUUUGUGGAGACUUACUAUGGCCAACGACGUCCAGUUAUUCCAUUGCUCAGUGCAAUUAGACGCUCUGCCAAACCCACUGAGGAGCAGCAAGCACUUAUAAAGGCCUGGGACAUCAUGGAGCAGAGGUUACAAGAGUACAGAACAGAGCUGGAUGUUGGCUUGCCCGACCCUCUGAACACACUGGGUCAGUGGCUUCAGCAUAUGGAGGCAGUCCUGUCUGAAGAGAACAGAAACACAGAAGAACAUGCUCUUGCUGCCAGAGACGCCAGAAGCAAACAAGAGCAACUCAAGGUUUUGGUUGAGGAUUUAAGCCAACAUUUGAACACUCUUCAUGAGUACCAUAACGCAGACGACGAUGUUUGUCCUCAUGUACCAAUUGAGAAGCUGAAGGAGAUCAAGAGACGUUUCACCAGUGCCAGAGUGACAAUCAAGUACCACGGCAUAAAGUUACAAUACAGGGAGCAGAUACACCAUCUUUAUGACCUGCUGGGGCUUCUAAAGUCUAAGUUAGGCUUGUGGAGAGGGCUUUAUGGCUCCCAAGAGUCUGUUUACUCCCUGCUACAGGACUGGCAUGAAACAGUUGACAAGCAAGGCCUGUUGUCAAUGUUGACGGAAGCACUUCAUAAACUGAAGGACACAGCAGCCAAUUACACAGACAAAGCAGCCUUGGCUGAAGACUUGCCUAUAGUGAACAGGCAGGUAAAGGAAGUUGAAAAUGAGAUGGGGGUGUGGACAGAGGCCGUAGAUUCAGCAAGGGGCACAAUGGAGCGUGUGCUGGCUGCAUGGGAGACCUACAAAAACUGCCUGUAUCUAUUGCAAGUCUGGUUGGGUCAGGAGGGCCAAUUACAAACUGACGGGAAAGAGCAGAAGCAUUUAUCUGAGUGGAGUUCUCAUCAAGCCCAGCUGAAUGAGGCUGGAAACUUUCUCAUUGAGAUGGCUGAUGCCUCCACCAGCCACUCUCUUGCUGAUGAGCUCUGCAGACUCAACAUGCAGUGGGCUGACUUCAUUAAAAGGACCAAGUUUGCAGUGGCCUCUCAACCCACUAGUGUGGUCGCAGGUGUACAAACUGCCCAGGGCCUUAUUCAGGAAGCAGGCUGGGUGCUUAGAGAGGCAGUGGAGGUGUCAUCUGGACCUCUAUGUAUAUAUAGGAAAAAACUCCAGAUCAUCAUUAAGAAGAUGUCAGAGUUGAAUAUGGACUCUUUAUCUCCAUUACCAGACUGCAAGGAGGAAACUCCACAGAAACUCAAAUGUACUCUACCAGAGAUGUAUGAGACUCUGAGUGGUGUGAACAAGUCGUGUGAGGGCCUCCAGAGAGCUGCAUCCCUGCUGGAGGGAAGAGUGGCUGAGCUUGAAAACUGGAGAACGGAAGCCCAAGAUGUCUGCCAGCAUCUAAAAGAAUGUCAGCAUAGGGGCCAUCGGGGGCCUCAUCUCAAGGCCAAAGCGCUGAUCUCACGAGGUCUACAGUUAGAAGGACAGGUGGUGACCGAAAGUGAGGACCUGCAGACGUUGGUGACAUCAGUGCAAAAAACCCACUCUCUGCCUUACUACAGCAUGUCAGUUCUACAUGACCGAGUGAAACAGACUGUCUUUGAGUGUCAGGAGGUUAUUGAGAUGCUCAGUUGUCAUGGAGGUAAGCGCAAAGGGCAGCCUGAUGGUUCACAGCCCUCUUCUAAGGUUAUUGUGCCAGCAUAUUCUCAGUCUGAGGCCCACACUCAAUCCUUUCAACAACAUCAGGCUCGGAUGUUUCCCAAAAGCACCAAACCUUCUCGAGAUAGCCUAAUAGAUCCUCAAAGCGAAGAAGAUCUUUCACCUCAGCUGCGGGCACAACUGGGCAUGCAACCCCAAGUGUUCCCUCUUACCCACUCUGAAUUUCAUGAUAAAAUACCCAAAGAUCAGAAGACAACUGUGUGUCAGAUACAGCAAAUUGAGCUCAAACAGCCAGUGCUGUCAUCGGUUGUUGGAAGGAAGACUCAAAUGAAACCACAGACUGAAGUUCAGGUUAUCUCUGUAGACUCUGUCAACUCUUCAUCCUUGCCUACAUUUAGCUUAAACACUUUGUAUACAUCUUUUACAGUGAAUCCAUCUGGAAUGCCAAUAGAACAAAACCUUGGUGCAUCACUAAAAUCACAACCUCAAACCUCAUUGGCCACCCCACACCAAAAGGUACUCCCCAAGGGUCAAAGCUUUCCACAGCCACUUGAGCCAUUACAAACCCAAGAACCCAGAAAACAUCAAAAGACGGAAGAGCUAAAAACACAAAGUGUCCCACCUGUUCAGAAACCGAUCCUUGCAUUAUCUGGUAGUCUGCCAAAUGAUCCAUCUCCUCCAAAACCCUCAUCUAUCUGCAAAAAACAAAAGAAGAAAGGUCAAAGCAAGGCUCCAACUGUUUCUCAUGUCCCAGAACGGAAUGAGGUAUAUGCCAGAGCUCAAGCUUUAGCCAAAAGCAGACUGGAAAAAGCCAAACGGCACCUGCAGGACCACAUACAGGAUGUGAUCACAGUGUUCAGUAACAAACAACCCAGGAAAAAGCAGGCAGCAUCACGGCUUCUCAGGCCUGCUGUUUUGGAGGAGUUCAUAGAAACUGUGAAAGGAAUGGGGGCCUUCUGUACUGAUGCCCAGCUCGGAGACAUGGACCUUCUCUGUCAGUCUGUCAGGGCCCAGUGGGAGGUGAGUGCCACAGCAGCUGAGAAUUCAGGGUGUCUGGAAGCCUUGACAAGAAUGAAUGAGAGUCUGCAGCACACAGAGAGUUUUCCUCUUGCCAUCACCCACCUGAUGAUUAACACGGAGAGGGUAGAGACUGUUCAGCACCGCAAAGACUCGACGGGUGUUUUAACACCUUGCCAGGACAGCAGGGGUGGAGCAGUCAAGGAUUGCAUCCUGCUGAGAGAGACUAGACUGCUAGAUGACCUUGCUCUAACUCACUCAUAGGCUAUCGUCCAGACCAACACUGUGGAGAUGAAACAGAUACCCAAAAGGACCAUCAUCCACCCCUGCUCAGCAGAGGAACUAAAGGUUACCCCACAGGAACCUCGAAGCAGGGUGAAGUCCUUUGAAACAGCAGUAGAGCUACUGGAGUCAGCUGACAUUCGGAUAAGACUGAUCUCAGAUCAGCUGAAACAAAUCAAUCAGAAACCUGUGAAUAUUAGAAACUUCACUGUUGCUGAUGCCAAAACUCUACAUGAAGAUCUAAAGCUGCUACAUCAAAGUAUCGAGAAGCUGUUUCUCAUCAAUCAGAGUGAAAGUUCAGUUAGUGACCCUGCUGAUCUGAGUCACGUUGAGCUCCAAGCCCAUCUCCCUCGGCAACAAACUCUCCACAGCCGCGCAAAAUGUUUGGAGGAGCUAAGGCACUAUCUGAGAAAGACAGAGUCAUCCUUUGUGGCCCUUGAGAACCUCCUAUCCCAUCUCCAGCAUGUGAAUGAAGACAUCACUGCAGCUCAGAGCACCUUAGCCUCUACAUCAGACUGCAACUCUAGAUUUGCUACCAUUUGGCAAAAUCUUCAGCAGGCCAGAGAGGAAUCUGUUCAGCUAGAUCGAAUACUAGAUGAUGCUGGCAUGAGAAUAGCUCUUGAUGACAAACCAGGCAGUUGUCAUGAGAUGGUGUCAGCUAUGGUUCUACUUGCUGAAGAGGUAGAGACCAAACUGUCUGCAAGGUCGAGGCGAGAUGAAAGAGGUGGAAAAAGAAGCAAGAAGGGAGAGCAGAAGGAGAGAAUGCUCAGUGGAAAGAAAAUGGCCUUGCAGGUCACACUGAAAGAGGUGCUGGCAGCACUGGAAAGACAUGGGCUGAAGGAACCCACACUUCCUGCACUACAACACAGGUUACGUUUCCUAACAGACAUGGAGAGUAAACUGGUUGCACUACACUCAGAAAUUUGGGAUCUACGAAAUACACAUGCGCAGACAAACACCUCAGACACUGGCAUCAGCGAGCUGCAGACACAAUGGGAAGAUGCACAUAGAGCAGUUACUGAGAGUCAUGAGCAGUGUGUCUCUUUGACCGAACUACUGAAGAAGUUCCAAAGCUGUCGAAAUCGCUUGGGCAGUACUUUGCAGAUAGCUGAGCAGACCCUCGCUGAUCAGGCCUCCUACAUGGGCAAAGAUAACCUACACCUACUGAUCAGUAAGGUCACCAGUAUAAAAUCAGAACUUAAUGAUCUUGGGGAUGGAGUGGAGGAGUAUAGAGCUGUGUGCAGACAGCUCCAGUCGCUGAUGAGAAGGAUCCCAGAUUGUGCAGAUGCCCCAUUUGAGAGUGAGGCUGAUGCUAUCAUGGACCGCUGGCUUGAUGUCACUGAGAAGACCGACUGUCAUCUAGACAACCUUCAAGCUGGGUUUUCUCUUUGGGAAAAACUCCUCUUAAUGGCUGGAGAGGUGGAGGGCUGGAUCGCCCAAAAGCUGAUGACACUUGCUCAGACACACCCCUUUCAGACGGAUCAGGAUGUGUCGGCCAUGCAGGAUGAGCUGAUGGCUCAACAAGACAACAUCGGACAUUUCCAUCGCAGAUCUUUAGAGAUCCAGGAGCUGCUGCAAAGUCGAGAAUUCCCACUUGAGCUACAGGUGAUUGAAAGCCAGCUGAGGAAGAGGAUGGCAGAGGUGAAGGAGCUCUUUUCAGAGACCAGUGAUGUCUUUACACAACUGGUUGCUGCCAAAACGCAGGUGUCGUCUGAGAUAGCAGAGCACCAAUCCACCAUCCACACCAUCACAGAUGCUCUAAACACACUGACUUCAUCUGAAAGCACACAGUUCCUCAACACAAUCCAGUUUUUAUCAGAGCAACUGCAGGAGGAGACGGAGCAUAGCGAGGCUUUGCUGCAACAGAUUGGUCUUCUUGCCAGCAUUGCUGGUCUAGAAAACCUGCAUGCACUGGCUGAAGAUGGAGCUCAGCUUCAAGAAAGCAUCUGCACAGCCAGAGAGCUGAUCAUGGAAAAGACAGAGCAGAUAAUGAAUCCCAAAACCCCCCAAAAUCCUCAGAUGGUACAAGACCUAAAGAACAUCAAACCCUUGAUUAAUGAAACACAAGAUCCUCAACCAAAAGAUAAUCUGCUUGCAGCUACUCUGUGUCCUCAAACACAAUCUCAAUCUAAUGGUGAAAAAGCAGAACACUCCCACAGAGACAAGAUACGAGAUGCUCUUCUAGCUGAUUUUAGGGACUUCAAGCAACAGGCCUACAUCUGGACAAGUGAACUACAUCUGAGGGGUAAUCUGAAGGUUUAUGUAGAUAAGAACAGCCAGGCUACACUCGAGGAGAGACUUGAAGCAGUACAGGUUGUAAAAGAUCUAAAGCCUGAAGCAGACAGCAGGCUGCAGGACCUGAAGGUGAAAGGUCAGAGACUUCUCCAAGGACAAGGUCUAGAGGACAGAGACAAACAGGAAGUCAAUGACACCCUUGGGAGUUUAGAGAAAAAGUGGGAAGCUCUUCUGAAAUCCGCAGAUGAACAGCACAGGUUCCUUCAGGAUGUUAAGGAGCUUUCCUCCUCCUGUCAGUGCCAGAUGCAGCAGACUGAGAGCAGGUUACAGGAGUUGCAGGUGCUGGCGGCUGAAUUGCCUGUGCUGUUCCCUUGGCCUGGCUUUGCUGAGAGGCGUAAGGCCAUUGAGCAGACCGAAGACCUCCUGUUCAAAGCACAGGAACUGGGACCUGCCCUCUCUACACAGAGAGCCAAUUACAAGGAGCUGGCCAAAUACAACUCCAGCUGGACUGAGCCAUCCUGGGGCAACUUGGAAUGCAAUGUGUCCUGUCUUGUCCAAGAUCUUAAUGAUGUGUGUGUAAGUCUAAGUGAGGGUACAGACAAGGAGCAAAGGUGUGCACUGUUAAUGCAACAGAGUCAAGAGUGUUUGGACUCUCUACAGGAGCGGAUAGAGGAUGAUUGUCAAGACCCAAAUGCGCUAAAGGCCUUGCUUCAAGCUGUAGAACAAGAGGGCAGAAACCUGCUGGAGGUUGAGAAACUAACUGAUGUCCUUCUGAAAACCUGCACUUCAGAAGGUCAGACCACUCUUUCCCAGGACAUUCAGACUCUGUUUAGAAAGACAUCAGCCCUGAAGAGGACCCUGGAAGAUGUGGGCACUUGGUGUGGGAACUCUGAGCCAGUUAAAAGCUUUGUACAGUGGAAUGAAUUUCAGCAGCAUCGACUAUCCCUAGAGGAGCUCUGUUCAGUUCAGCAGACCAUCGCUUCCAUUAUGCUACCUGACUGGGAAGGAGAAAGAGUGGGGAGAAUGUCAUCGUCUUCAUCCUCCUUGCCAUCAUCCUCCAAAAGACUGUCAUCAUCCACCUCUUCCUCUUCCAUGUCACCCGCCAAAGUGGUCAAAGAGUGGAGGAAGUUUGGAGGAGACUUUGUCAAUGAGAUCGCCCCAGCUAUGCUGUCCCUGCAGCUAGGGUGGGGGGUCUUUCUCUGCUGUCGAUGGAGAAAAAUGGGGAUCUCCAUUAUUCGACGGCGUGACCUGCACCCUCCUUUCCAAAACUCUCCGUAUAAAACAGGAACAAUGCGGGUGGCCACUGACAGUGCAGCAAAUGACUUUGAUCGCAGGACUGUAAAUAUCAUGACCACUGAGGAAAACAUUGCAACUGCAAAUGUAUCACAUUUAUCUGGCUCAACCCAAAAAGCACCAACAGAUGUUGAGAAUCUCCGACCAGCCCAGGACACAGAUAAGCAGAAGCUCAAGUUUGGAUCUGUAGAGUGGAAUGAAACUGGACCUGCAAUAAGAGAAGACCACAAGAAGAUCACUGAUGGUACAGGUGUAAAAUCAAGUGCCACUUAUGGCUCUUUCUUUGGUAGUCCACUUAACCCAGAAACGCCAAACCUCAUCUUAACCUUAGUACUGAACUCCGAUAUCACUAAAUCCAACCAGAAUCCUCUGGCACAAGGCAUUUCAGAUUCUGCAACUCAGUGGGACACAGUUUCAGAUGUUCAUUAUGAGACUGCAGAGAUAUCAGAGAAUGGAAUGAAGAUUUUGGAAUCCAAGCGAUGUGUUGCUGUAGAUGAAGAAAGCUCUUCUGAUUUACUGCCUCCAAAGCAGAUCGCCACUAUUAUUUUGGACUCUUAUCUUUCCACAUCAGAUUUGCAGUUUGAUAAGAACAACUGCACUGAUAGAGUUGAGCCUUCUCAGAGAACUUUUGCUCUUGAGAUUGAUUCCAGGCCUAAACCUGAGAAGGACUCAUCAACUCCAAAAUUAGUCUCAUCUUGCUCUGAUCCCAUGGUUUCACACCCAGAGAAUGAUGAUGUAUGCACUGGAACUGCAAAGAAAGUAUUUACCAUCAUUUUGGAUGUUGAUUUACCUACAUUACAGUUAGACAGCUACUGGCCACUGCAGACAACAGAAUGCGGGGGUCCUGAGGGAUCCGCCCACACAGGCGAAUUCUCUUAUUCAGAAGUCAUGGAUCAACAGAGGAGCUCUUCUGGCACUGGGAAUCCUGGAGGCCAAGACUCUGAAAUAAGCCUUUUGGAAAUGGAUAAUGUGAAAUCAUUCUCUGAAUCAAAGAAGGUUCAUAUCAAAUCUCAGGAAGACAUGUGUGAAAUUCCACAUUUGGGAUUGGUACAGCCAAGACAGAGGGAAACUAAAGUUAUGCUGCCACUAAAGACCUCUGAGGUCAUGGAGAUUGACAUUAUAAAAGGUAGAAAAGAGGAGUCACAUCAGCUUGUCGAAGACCAACAUGCAGUUAUAACUGAAGACUUCUCAAGCCAUGUGGAUGUCGACACAGGAAAAGACAGUUUGUUUUCUUUGGUUCUCCUGCAUGAUGUUACAGUGGUGGAGAGUCUUGAGGAAGAGGUCACCUGUGACAAAAACACAAAUGCACCAGACAAAGAGCUCUCAAACUUGGAAAACAACACCCAAAACCCUUCAAAUGUUAUUGAAAGAAGGAAAAAGAACAAGAAAGCAAUUGUCAUAGAACCGACAACAAAUGUUAAGUUGAAGACUCCAAUUUUCAAACAUACAAACACAACUGUUUCAGAAUGCCCUCAAACUGAGACAAGACUGGUGGACACCACAGAUACAUCACUGACUGAGACUUCAGAUACUGCAAUGUCAUUGGAUACAGAAUGCAAACUACCAGGAGCUAUGGACCCCAUGAACGAAGAUCUACUACAAAUAGAGACUAAUGACAAACAUACAGAGACAAUUGGCAUUUCUCACGCUGGAGCUGCCCAUACCAAUUCCACAGGCUCUCCAGAUGCUGCCAUCUUUAUAGCAGUAGAAUCACUGCUGUCAAUACAUACAGAUGUUUCAAAAUCAAUGCCAAUGGAUACUUCAACUUUUGUGAGAGCUGAGUGUACACAGAAUACAGAACGCAAACCUUUGGGAGCUAUGGACACCAUACAGAAACAUAGUUUGAAUCUCUUACAAACAGAAACUGAGAAUAGACAUUCAGUGGCAUGUACCAUCUCUCAAUCUCUCACUGACCUUACUCCAGAUGAUGUGGUCUUAACAGCAGAGGAAUCUGUGAAGUCAAUACAUGCAGAGACCUCUGAAUCAAUGUCAGCAGACGCUUCACCUGAACUGAACACUGAGUGUACAACUCAAAAUCCUAUCAGUGUCCCAGCAGAGACACAAUUCAGUAACUACGCUGAAGCACAGAGGACAGAAGAUUUAGAGAGCAGUUUUCUUUUGCAGUCUGAAGACAUGCACGGAGCCAAUUCGGAUCUAUUUGGCUUGAACAAAGCAUCCCAAAACAGAGGAUUGGGAGCAGAUGGUGAGGAUAAAACAAGGCAUGUAGAGCAGUCCAGGGUGUGGGCUACUUUUGUGGACACUGUUGCUAAUUUUCAGCCACUCCUGGUAACCAGUCAUGUUUCUGAGGAAACCAGGUCAAGGGAGGAUGCCUGGUGUCUUAACUGGGUAUUCACAGAGUCAGAGGCAAGUCUGGCAUGGACUUUCCUGCGGGUUUGCAGAUGCCGGAACCAGCAAGCCCAAUUGAGCCUUACACGUAUGACUCAUCAGCUGGAAGAAGCAGAGAUCUGCAGGCAGUGUGUAUUGGAGCAUAUAGCGAGGCUGCCGGAGCAUGGAGCUAGCGGAGGGUACUCUACUGAGCAUGAGCAGAGGAUAGAGGGGAGAUGGAAUGCAUUGCUGCUGGAUACUUCUACCAUGGCACAGUUUAAAAAAUCACAGCUUCAGCAGGUUACACAUUACCACCAGCAAAAACUGGCUCUAAAAGAUGCACUCCACACUCUGGAGGCAGAGCUGAGCACACUGACAAUGGAUUAUAUUGAAAGCAGCACCCUGCAAGCAGAAAAACUGAGUGCAUUCUUGAAAACUAUGCAGAAGAACAGAGGCUUGUUUGAGGAGCUCCUACAGACAUGCUGCCAGAUCUCAGCCCAUCUGAGUGAAGCAGAAGGACUUGUGGUCUGCUUUGAACCAGUUAGAAAUUUGCAGGAGAAUUGGCAAACUCUGGAAAGGGCUGCUUUAAGGAGUCUGUGGCAAAAUAACAUUUGCACAGCAGAAGUGUCCGCGCUGCUACAAGAGUCCAGAGAGAUUAGAUGUGAACUAGAGCUUCUGGAGAAGUCUCAAGGACAGAAAGACUGUCAAAAUAUAUUACAGCAAGCUGUUGAAACUGCUGACCUGAUAGUGUUGAGUGAGCGUUACCUGUACCUUCUUGAGCUCUCUCAGGAUCUUUCCUUAAGUCCAUUGAGGAAGAAUGAGCUCAAGGAUAUUGAGGACACCAUGCAGCGUCUUAAUUCUCAGCUUGCUCUGGUUCAGGAGAAGUUACAUUCUAACACUUCUAAUGACAAUGAGUGUUCACCGAUUAUAAGGAUUAUAAGGGAUUAUUUCACAUGGGCUAAACAAACAGAGAGCAAAGUUAGUAGGAGAAGGAGGUUGUCUCUGUUUCCUGAGGAGGCAAGUCACCAGAUCAACCUCAUGAAGAAACUGCAAUCGGAAAUAUCUCUAAAGAGGUCUCAAAUGGCCUCUGUUUUAAAAGGGCUAAAACAAGAAAUUACAGGACUCAGCGAGGGAGAUUCCAUUGCCAUGUUACCCACUCUCAAAUCCUUAGAAAAUUUGUACAUUAAGAUUACAGAGAACACUGACUGUACUGUGGUGGAAAUGAACCGAAUUUUGCAAAUGAGAGAAAUACUUUGGAAACAGAUCGCUGACAGCAGCUCUUGGCUGACCUCAGUAUUGGAGGAAGAGUCUGUAAAGCCUAUGACUUCUGAACUUGCAACUACCAUCCCAGAAUUGAGAGUCCAGCUUCAAAUAUGCACAGAGGCUUUAAAGGAGGCUGAGAAGCAAGUAAAUAUAAUUGAGUCUCUGAUAGAUGAAACCAAGAAUGUGACUCAGGGUUUAAGUGUACCUGAAAGCUUUCAGCUUGUUGACCGGCUUACAUCUUUACAAAAAGAAGUUUCAGGGGUCGUGAACCGUAAGCGGGGCUCACAAUGGGUGCUGGAAGAGCUUCUGAAUGCCCAGGAAUCUUCUGCCAAGGAAAAUAAUGUCAUUCAGAAGAGCUUACAAGAGAUGAAUACUGACAUCAUGAGGCAAAAGUAUCCUUUUACAAGGGAUUCUUUCUUUGCUAUUGAACAUCAUAAGCAAAUGCUGAUGGAGCAUCUGUGUAAGGUCCAGGAAAUUCCACACUUUCCAGAACCUGAAAGGAAUGCGAUUCUUCAUGCUAUACUAGACUUACAGAGGAGAAUACACCUACUAGACCAGCAAGCCAAGGAGCAGAAAAUCUACCUUAGUUUAAGGCAGCGAAUGGAGGACUCCAGAGAGGAAGUGAAGAAGAGCUUGUUGCAUAUUUCAGACUCAAGCUUCGGUACUGACACAAGGCUAAGCUUCUGUCAGGCUCUCCUGGUGGAGUUUCCCAUGUUGAAAAUGACAUGUCAAGAGGCCAUUGACCACCUGGAGGCUAUUUCAAAAGAUCUCUAUCCAUCCCAGCUGACAGCAGAACAGCAAAAGUUCACCAGGACCAUUGAGCAGCUAGCCUUUUGGGAGCUCACAGUCAGUAAUGAGGCUAAAGCCCUGGAGUCCACUCUGGUUGAGGAUCUCAGCAGUUCCACAGAUAUCAGUGUGCUUAGUGACCUUUUCAACAGUAUUCGACAAGACCUGAAAGAGACCAUCCACUUGGAACCAGAGAAUAAGGCUUUGGAUGCAGAGUUGCGGAAGCACUGGACACUGAUCAGGACUGUGGAGUCUGUGCUACGAAUGUUGGCAAGCUGCAGGAAAGGAGCCGAGGCAGAAAGCUACAAGAAAACCAUUGCUCUUGGCCAAAUAACUCUUAAUGAUUGCAUUAAGCAUAUGGACAAGCUGCUCCAGGCACAGAAGGCAUUGAAACAUUACCGCUGGGCCAUUCAGGGAGCUAGGAGCUUCUUUCAGCAGGUUGAAUCCAAUCUGAUUAUUCCCUCUGUCAGCUUCAAAGACUGCAAAGAGGAACAGCGCCAUAUUCAACAGACUUCUACCUGUCUGGCUGAGGGUUUCAAGGCCCACUUGGCUGAAGUUUGUUCAUGCAUACCCCAGCAUACAUGCCUCUCUAUUCCUAAAACUGAGCAGCUUCAUAUCCAGGUUUUGAGUCACUUUUUAGUACAAGAUGCCAAAUUAGAAGUUCAGGCUCAGCUCAGACUGGAGGCCUUACAUAGGUGCACGAGAGACCAAAGGGUGCACAGGAGCCACCAUGAAGAAAUCAGUCUACAUCUCAAAAACAUUGACUCUCAAAUCUCAAAAAGCUUAAGUCAAAAACUGACUAAUUUAGAAGCCUGCCAAGACCAACAGCUGAAAGUACAGGUGCUCCUGUCUGAGCUAAAGAACCUAGCUAAAAGGCUGGAGGAGUUGAGAGAAAGCUGCCUGGAUCAGCCUUGCAAUGCACCUGCUGACCUGAUGCUGGGACAUCUGUGGAGGUCUUUGGCAGUUCUGCAGUGCAGAGUGGAUUCACUCAAAGACAGCACAGCUCAUAAAGAAGCAGAGUGGAUGGAAUUUAUGACACGUCUAAAUAAAUCAAAGGAAGAUCUUGACAGUCUACAGAUGGAUCUUCCUGACUCAUCUUUGAUGAUGGGAUCCCUGGAAGAGCUUCAGGGUGUUCUGACCAAAAUGGAGCAUCUUCAGGAUGGGACUGAGCAGGAGCAACAUACCCUGGCUUCUCUACAACACCAUAUGGCACGAUUGCUUGGGGUCUCAAAUCUACAGCAGCUGAAAGAGUCUCCUCAAAUCUAUCAGGACUUGCAGUCUCUUCAGGGACAUUGCAGAAGUCUCAGAGAUAAAAGCAGUAACGUCCGCCGUGAGGCCCUUUUUGAGAUACAGGAGUUUGGUCGGGUGCAGGAGGAAAUGGGUGCAAUACAGCAGAGUUUUCUUUCUCUUUUGACCAUCUUGCAGUCUGAGUCUGCUGCUGAACAUUUACAGGAGGUUAAAGUGGAAUUAGUCUCACAGAAGGCUCGACUGCAGGAUGUCAUGAACAGAGUACAGAAGAGAUGGAGUUGUGUACCCCCAGAGAUUCAGACCUUACAGGAUGAGCUCAACCUCUCCCUGCUGGAGGCUGAGGAAAAGAUGGAUACGGUUAUGGAGAGGAGUGGUCCUCUUCAUAAAAUAACUGAGAAGGUGGGAGACGUAACUGUGGGACUGAAUUGUGUACAUGCUCUGCUGAAGCAAAGGAGCCCUAAUUUCUCUGAGGCUGAACAUACACAAAAGUGUAUCUGGGAUGAGCUGGAUCAGUGGCACACUUGUAUAGCUGAGCUAGAGGCUGAAGUGCAAGAGCUUGCUGAGGAACAGCCUGAGAGGGCACACAUCCUCAUGGACCAGCUCACAGAACCACUGCAGCUCUACCAGACCACAGCCAAGCUGGCUGAGCACAGGACCACCCUCAUCAGCAAAAUCCCUGCCUGUCUACAGGAGUAUGAGGGCUUACUCAGUAGCUCCACCUGCUGGCUGAGAGAGGCCCAGUCCUGGCUGGUUGCCCCCAGAACCUACACCACUGCGAAAUGCUUCCACGGCCACGCCAACUCCCUCAAGAUGAUGCUGGAUGAAUCGGAGGGAUACAGAGCAGCUCUGGAGGCCUUCGUGCCUGCCCUUCAGGAGAUCACUCCAGUGUGUGACACCACUUCUCAAGAGCAGCUUCUCCAACUGGCUAUGCAAGAUAUCACACAUAUGCAGCAAAGUGUUUUGGAUCCUCUGUCCCACCUUCAGCACUUAGCGGAUGAGAUGGAUGCCAUUGAAGCAGAGGUGAAGAUGAUGGAGAAGAAUUUGACAAAGAUCAGAACAAUCCUUUCCAUGACUGACACAGAGAACAUCUCACCUGAGGAACAUCUCCAGAACACACAGGUCAUCCUGGACAAUAUCCAGUCCAUGAAGAGGACCAUUGAUGAAAUUGAGAGCUGCAGACCAGGCCUGGGGCUUCCUGCAGGAGCAGAACAAACUCUCACAGCCUUCAAUUGGGCUCAAGAGCUCCUACAGCCCAUACAGGAGCUACAGCAGCUCAGUGUGGAGCAGAAGACAGCACUUAGGGCAUCUAUUGGUCUGCAAACUGAGAUUACCUUACCUUUUGGCCAAACCUUGGGAGUCACUUCGCCACACCCCUACACUGGAGAAAUGAUGCAGGUGUCCAUGGAAGACCCUUACAGUGAGGAAGAGGAUGAAGGCAGUCAGUCUUCAUCCUCAGGAACUCUGACAUGCAGUGUUCCAGAGGAUCCAGAUGAGAGCAUAAUGGAGGAGAAAGAUGUUGAAACUGAAACUGCAUCUGCUGUAACGGAGUGUGUCACCAAGGAAUUGUCUUCUGAAGAUGUUGAGAACAUGGAUGUAGCUGCAAUCAAGCAUACAUUAGUGUUAAAUGAAUCUAACCCAGGAAGUGGAUUCACAGAGCCUCCACUCCAUGAAAUAUCUGGCACAAUGAGUAGAUUAGUUACUGAAGAGACUACCUGUCUACCUGCAGCAACACCCGAACACUCUGAAGAGUUUACAAAUGAAAGUUGCCUUAUAUCUGAAAUGGCAAAUGAAGAUACUGUUUUAAAAUCUGAGGAAAAGAAGACCAAGUGCCCUGUAAAAACAAGUGAUGCCAGUGAAACAACUGAAGAGUCAGAAUUUGUAGAUGAGAACACUGUAUCAAUAACCACAGAAACGGGUAUAGUUGAUCAAGUAAAAUCACCAAUAUUUAAAGAAGACUCAAUCCCACAGACACCUAACAGAGAGGCUUUAGAAGUUACUGAUGAUGACCAAUCCCAACCUGUAGGCAGCACAGCUGAUUCAGUAACAAAAUCCAUAGACACCACGACCAAAUCGGUGCCACAGCAAGAUACUACACUGAUGCAGUGUGAGGUGAUGGAACAGAGAGAACUGAUUAAGUUUAUGGCUUGUCAUAGCCGCAGCAGCAUAGAUCUGGAAAAUUCCCAGUCUCUGGAAUACAUUUGGUGCAGCAGUGCCACUGUCAGUGAUCCAGGGCAGUCUGUAGAGGAGUGUUUGGCCCAGCUUCUUACUAAAUUAAAGAAAUUACCAGAUGAUCUGGAUUCAUGCCAGGAUAUAAAUUCUUCAGAGACUAAAGAGCAUCUGUUGGAGAUUCCUCUGCUUGUGUUAAAAACCAGGGAAACUCAGACAAGUGACUCAACCAAACUCAUGAAGGACUUUGCCAGCAUGAAGAACCUGCAGGGUGUCACAUGGACCACACAUGUAUGGCGGAGGUCUUUUUGGCAAAAUAGUUUUGAGCAACAGGGAUGUUCUGAUGCUCUUCUGAAGGGUUUAAAGGAUCUUCUGGAGCUGGGCUGUGAACGUAUGCAACGCUGUCAGGGUGCACAGCCACACAACUGCAGCCAUCUGCGUAGCCUGCUCCGAGGACACAAGAGAUUCUUCAGAGACUUGGGGCAGAAUGUUGCAACGGUUAAGCUGCUGUCCCAUAAGCUGCCAGAGGGGGCUCUGCAGGGCCUAGCAGAGGUGGAGCAGUUAAUAUCAGCACUACAGGAUCAAGCACAGAUUCAUGGUGUCCAAAUGCAACACAAUUUGCAGGAGUGGUCUCGGUAUGAGGAGGUCACAGAAAUACUGCUCAAGCAGUUAGAUGAGCUGGAGACCGAUGUGCCCAGUCUAGAUUUGGAGCCGGAGGGGGACAUGCAGUGUCAGCUGCAGUUAUGUGAGAAGUUGCUCAAGGCCCUAGAAAACAUAAGGCCUCAGGUGGGAGAGAUCCAGGACCAGCUCAGGGCCCUACAGAAUAAAGAUUGCUGCUGUGAGGUGCCAGGGAAGACUGUCCCAAGAUCACGCCUGUUGACACGCUGGCAGGAGCUCCAUAAACAACUAGAACAUAAGAUACAAUCCACAAAAAAGAUCAUGAAGAAUUAUGACAGGUUUCAGCAUGACUCAACAGAACUAGAGGAGUGGAUGAGUUCUGCUCAUGAAAAGGUUCAGAAGUUGAUCAAUUCGUCAGACAAAUUCAUCCUUACCCAGCACAUGGAGUUCUUUAAGGAGCUGGAGGUGAGGUCUGCACAGAAAUUAUCUGCAACCUGUGUAGGCACACACAUGUUGCAUCUGACUGACAGUGAAGCUCCUGGUCUACGUAGACGACUGGCUCAACUUGAGCAGGGCUGGACAGACAUGACUAGCAUGCUGCCCACCCUUCACCAGACACAGCAACGGCUGUUGGCGAGCCAGUCUCAGAGUCAGACGUUAGCUGAGCUGACCUCCUUGCUGGAGCAUGUUGAGAGUAGAAUGGAGGAGGAAAGUUCUAGGGUCCAUUGCGCCCUGGAUUCAACUGAGCUGUCUAGAUAUCUACAGAUUUUGAAGGACAUUAAGGACGAGGUAACCAGCCAUCAAUCCUGCCUUGACUUUCUGAACCAGUCUGUAGAAGGGGUGGGGUCUUUGGAUAAUCUAGCCAAUCGUAAUGAACACAUCCUCUUUGCUGAGCGACUUGGAGCUCUCAAUCUGAGUUGGCUUGUUCUACAGGGCAAGAUCGACAGCAAGAUACAUGAUGCAGAGGACAAAUGGCAGGCCCAUGCAGACAGAGAAAGGCAAUUGCAGUAUAUACACAGCUGGAUCUCUCAACGUAUGGAAUGGGUGAGAAACAGCAAGAGACCAGACAGCUGCUGGCAGAUUGAGCAAGCAUUACAGGAGUGUGAGAAGAUAGAAGAACGGCUGAGGGUGAAGUUCUCUGAGCUGCUGGGUUUGGGAGCUCUCCAUGUGUUUGGGCAGCAAGAUGGUCAACACCCCGGAGAUCAAGGCUUCUCCAUGAACGUGAAUUCAGCUAUCCAGGAUUGCCAAAAUUUGAGCCAACAGAUAAACACUCUCAGGUCAACUCUGCGGCCAAUCAGGGAUGAGUGGGUAUACUUUAAAUCCGAAAUGUGUGCCAAAGCAAUGCAAACAAGCGGGGUGGUCUACAGGCUUGAGCUCAACAGAGUUCCUCUGUUCUCGUCUGAGCAGAGCAGAGUUUAUGUGGAACAUCUGCUAGAGCUUGAAAGUGAGCUGGACAGAUCCAAGACUUGGACCUAUUUAGCUCAAGUGCUUUCUGACUUGAGAGACAAACUCAACCCUUGUGCAGCCACACUUCUGUCUGAUCACCUGGAGAAAGGAAGAAUCCGACAUCUAUCUGUGAUUGAGGACUUGCGUACUGACUUACUAAAGGCCCAAGAUGCUCUGCGCCUCUGGCUGGAAUAUGAACAUCUCACUGGAGAGUGCAGUGCUCUUCUAAAUCAGCACUGGGAAAGGCUUGAAGAGCUUUUGAGUUCUCCAGCAUCAGACGAGAAUACUGCAGAGCUGCUCUACAGCAGAAUGCAAAGCAUCAAUGUUCUAGAGAAAGACAAUGAGACCUUAAAAAGCAGUGUGGGAAAAGUGCUGGAGGUUGCAAAGCUUCUCAAUGGGCAUAUUGAGCCCCAAUCAGUGGCACUAAUCCAAUCAGAAACCAGGUUACUCUCACGUAACCUUGUCCAUCUUGGCAAGGCACUUGCUGAGAGUGGGGCUCAAGUUCAGGAGGAGCUGGAGAAACACAGCAGUUUCAACACUGAGCUGAAGUCAUUGGCGCAACGAUUUGAGGGCUUUGAAUGCAUAAUGAGCUCUUCAGUUGUAAGCAUGGGGAGCCUGAAGAUGGUUCUGUUAGAUCUGAGUGGGCUGACCCCUAACCUCAAUGCUCUGAAUCAGAAGAGUGUCGGACUCAUCCUAAGCACCACAGAUGAAAAGAGGCUACAGACCCUGAACACUCAGUGGGUGCAGCUUUUCUCUCAGGUCACAGACAGGCACAGGAGAAUGUAUACAGAGAGUCUGCAUGCUCAGAACUUCCAACAGAAGUGCCAGUGUUGGAUGGAGCUCCUGGACAAAAUCGAGGCUGGUUUGUCCAAUCGGGUGCUUGGAAACUGUUCUGCCAUAAGAGAGCAGCUAGCUCUGCAUCAGACACUGAAAGUGGAGGUGCUGAUCAGCCAGCAGCUACUGGAUGCCAUUCUUAAUGAGGUUUUACACUUUCUGGAGAGUGGUCAAAUUGAGGACAGGAGUCGUCUAAACCCAAGACUUAGCCAGCUGAAGGAGCGUUGGCAGGAGAUGCAGCAAAGAGUCCAGCAACGUGGGAGAUAUCUGGAGGGGCUGAUGGGAAAGUGGCAGCUCUAUGAUGCAGACUUGAAGAAACUUUUGAAGUUACUCAGACACACUGAAGAACUGCUGCCCCCAACAGGACUAUCUCCCUGCAGCUUAAAGCAGCUCCAAUGCUCCAAAAAAGACUUUGAGUGGACUGAGGAGCAACUACAGCAUUGUGAAGAACUUUACAACCAGACUGUGGAGGUAGGCUUACAGAUCAAUGCCGUAGCAGAUGUGCAGACACAGACGCACCUGCAAACUGAACUUGAUGACCUCAAGGAGAUGUGGGCGCAAAGCUGUAGCCUAGUGACAAAAAGAAAGGCUCUUGCAAACACCAUAACUCAAACAUGGAGGCACUGUGAAAUUGGACUGGUUAAUAGUGCUCUAAAACUGAAAGAGAUCAAAACAAGAUUGACAUGUCCACUGCCAGAGAAACUGGAAGAACUAAAGACACAAAAGCAGCUCUCCAAGGAGGACGAGGACUCGCUGGAGAUUUGGGCUGGAGGACUGAAAGAGCUGAUAACCAUGAAGGCAGACGUGUCUCAGUACGUGCUGCCCGCAGACACUGCGCUGCUUCAGGGACAGGUAGAAGAACUUCACAGCCAAUGGGAAGAACUUUGCCUGAAGGUGUCACUUCGCAAACAAGAGAUAGCAGAUCGCCUGAACGCCUGGAUCAUUUUCAACGAUAAGAACAAGGAGCUCUGUGAUUGGCUGACACAGAUGGAGAAAAAGGUGGCUCACCAAGGCGAAAACCUUAGUAUUGAGGAAAUGGUGGAGAAACUUAAAAAGGAUUGCAUGGAGGAGAUUAACCUCUUCAGCGAGAACAAGAGCCACCUCAAGCAUCUGGGUGAGCAGCUCUUAUUGGCCAGUGAUAAAACUAAAGAGGCAGAGAUCCGCGGGGCCUUACGUGAUGUCAACGACCGCUGGCAGCACCUGUUCGACCACAUUGAAGCCAGGGUAAAAAAGCUGACGGAGACACUUGUGACAGUGCAGCAAUUGGAUAAGAACAUGAAUAACCUUCGUUCUUGGCUCAACCGCAUUGAGGCAGAGCUGGCCAAACCAAUUCGCUACAGUGUUUGCCAUAGAGAUGAGAUCCAGAAGAAACUGGCAGAACAGCAGGACCUGCAGCAUGACAUCGAGCAGCACACUGAGAGGGUGGCAUCUGUGCUCACCCUUUGUGAAGUUCUUCUCCAUGAUGAAGAUGCCUGCAGCAGCGAUGGAGAGAAUGAAUCCAUUCUGCAGACAACACACAGCUUGGACCAGCGCUGGAGAAAUAUCUGCUCUGUGUCCCUGGAGAGGAGGCUCAGGGUUGAGGAGACGUGGAGGCUGUGGUGUAAGUUUCAGGAGGAUUACUCUUUAUUUGAGAACUGUCUGAUUGUAGCUGAGCACACUGCUGCUGAACCCAAUUCAUCAGAGGUCCAGUACACUGAGGCCAAAGAGGAGCUCAAGAAAUAUGAGGCCUUUCAAAGGCAGGUACAUGAGAGUCUGACCCAGCUGGAGAUCAUUAAUAAUCAGUACAGGCGUCUGGCCCGAGAGAACCGCACCGAUGCAGCCAGUAGACUCCGGGCUAUGGUGCACCAAGGUAACCAGCGCUGGGACGCGCUCCAGAGGAGAGUGGCUGCCAUACUGCGCAGACUCAGGCAUUUCACUAGUCAGAGAGAAGAGUUUGAGGGAACCCGCGAGAGUCUCCUCGUCUGGCUGACUGAUAUUGACCUUCAACUGACCAACGUGGAGCACUUCUCUGAGAGCGACCUCCAAGACAAGAUGAAACAGCUGAAGAGUUUUAAGAAGGGGAUCUCUCUGAACACCAACAAGAUUGAUGCUUUGAUAGUGUUUGGGGAGGGUCUGAUUCAGAAGAGCUCUCCUCAAGAUGCUGUUGUGAUUGAAGAUGAGCUGGAGGAACUGCAUACAUACUGUCAGGAGGUGUUUUGCAGAGUGGCCCGAUUCCACCAGCGCCUCACCAGCCUCAGACCGGUACUAGAACAGCCAGAGCUAUUGGACAGUGAGAAGUCCAGAGAGACGCUGGGAAGCCCCACCACCACCCAGCCCUCCGUGUGCCUGCUGUCCCCUCCUCAUGAGCACUCGGGCCGUGAAACCCCUGUCAGCGUGGACUCCAUCCCUCUGGAGUGGGACCACACUGGGGAUGUUGGCGGUUCUUCGUCACAUGAUGAGGAUGAGGAAGCUGAUUUCUUCUCUGCCUUGUCAGGACAGAACUGGCACUUUCAAAACAUGCCUGCAAGGAAAUCUCUCCACCUGGAAACGUCUUCGCCUGCACAUACCAGCACUCCCUAUAAGCUGGGCUAUGUGAGUAUAUGCCUUCAGCUGAUGUCAGAGUGCAGUGGCAGUAUUAAGAGUGUGAAAAGAGUUUCUAUGAUCCUGGAUGAUGAGGACCAGCAGGAGGAACAAGGCCUCACUGGCCUCAAGACUGCAGACAAACAGACAGGAGUAAUCGAGCGCUGGGAGCUGCUACAAGCACAAGCUGUGAGCAGAGAACAGUGCAGCACUAGAGACCCUCAGCUUCUGACAUCUGACCUGAACAUAAUCACUUCCUGGCUGGACCAAGUUACCCCUGAGCUGGAUCGACUGCAAAAGCCUGAGACAUCUGCCAGUCUCGAAUUCUUAGAAGCAAGAGUCAAACAGCUUAAAGAAAUGCAGAAGGCAUUUGCUCACUAUAAGACCAUGAUGCUGUCUCUGAAUUUGGGUGGGCGAGAGCUACAGGAAGAGGCUGGUUUAGGAGCUCAGGAGCUUAAGGAAGAUCUGCACAGCAUGAAUCGCCGCUGGACAGAGGCUUGUGCAGGCCUAGAGGAAUGGGAGGGGAGUCUACGCAAUACCCUAGAACGUUGUCAAGAGUUUCAUGAGAUGGUGCACUCUCUACUGCUUUGGCUGGCCCAUGCAGAGAGCAGACGCUACACGGUGAACAUACACAACCCUUCUGUGCAGCUCUCCAUGUUACAGGAACACAGGAACACACUGAAGGUUCUGGCUGAGGAGCUGCAGGGAAGACAAAAGCAGGUGGGCUCCCUGCAGGAGAUCGCCUCCGAACUGCUCCCGGAAACUGGGUGCGAGGACACUAAUGAAUCAAGGGAAAAACUCCAUGUCAUCGGAAGCAAACUACGUCUGCUGUCAUGUCAGGUCAACCAGGAUCUCCAUACUAUUCAGGAGCAAUUGGAGCCUACAGCAGAUGCAACAGGAGAGAGGAAAUCCUCAUGCUCAAGGUGGACGCGUGACCAGUCACCUCAACGCUCUUUCUUUUAUCGGGUAAUCCGAGCUGCUUUCCCCCUCCAUCUCCUCUUCAUCCUGCUGCUAGUGCUGGCCUGCCUGGUUCCUCUUUCCGAAGAGGACUACAGCUGCACCCUUUCCAACAAUUUUGCCCGCUCUUUCCACCCCAUGUUGCACUACACCAACGGUCCUCCCCCCACAUGAACC